GUUCUACCUACAGUUCAUACUGCAGGAAUUGGCAGACCUCCGAGGUCGGAGACGAUAUUUUAGUUGAGACCCCGUACAGAAGAUAAUUUGCAACGCCCGCGGAGUUGUGAGGGACAUUGAAAGAGAGGCCGAGUCGGAAUCAAGCAAGCGACGAGUUCUCUCGUGCCGAAAUAAGACAAAAUGCAUAUCAAGGACAAGCUCGCCGAAGAAAAGGCCUCUGGCAGGCCCGGCAUUUCUUUCGAAUUCUUCCCUCCGAAGACGGCGCAAGGUGUGCAGAAUCUCUACGACAGGAUGGACCGCAUGCACUCGUGGGGUCCUGCGUUCAUUGAUAUCACCUGGGGUGCUGGUGGCAGGCUAUCAGACUUGACGUGUGAGAUGGUCAAUGUAGCGCAGUCCAUCUAUGGCUUGGAGACCUGCAUGCAUCUGACCUGCACUGAUAUGCCGCGCGAGAAGAUCGAUGCUGCACUGCAGGCCGCUUAUAGGGCUGGUUGCACGAAUAUUCUGGCGCUUCGAGGCGACCCGCCUCGAGAGAAGGAGACCUGGGAGGCUGCGGAUGGAGGCUUCCGAUAUGCCAAAGACCUGGUGAAGUACAUUCGGGACAAGUAUGGAAACCAUUUCGAUAUUGGUGUCGGCGGAUACCCAGAAGGAUGCGACGACAACCGCGAUGUGGAUCUGCUGAUCGACCACCUGAAGGAAAAGGUGGAUGCAGGAAGCAGCUUCAUCAUCACACAGAUGUUCUAUGAUGUUGACCAUUUUCUAAAUUGGGUUGAAAAGUGCCGUGCGAAGGGUAUCACUGUUCCUAUCAUCCCGGGUAUCAUGCCUAUCCAGACAUAUGCCGCAUUCAUCAGACGGUCAAACUGGACGAAGAGUCGGAUCCCGCCCGAGUGGCUCGAAGCCUUGGAACCUGUCAAGAACGAUGAUGCCGCUGUGAGGGAGAUAGGAACGAAAUUGGUCGCGGAUAUGUGUCGGAAGCUCGUGGCUUCCGGGAUCUACCAUUUGCACUUCUACACCAUGAACCUUGCACAGGCGACUCGAAUGAUCCUAGAGGAGCUGAAGCUGACUCCGUCCGAAGAGACACCGCUACACAAGCCUCUUCCAUGGCGCCAGUCACUGGGCCUUCGUCGCCGUGGAGAAGAUGUCCGUCCAAUCUUCUGGAGAAACAGGAAUUCUUCUUAUGUUGUCCGCACCCAGGAAUGGGACGAGUAUCCAAACGGCCGAUGGACCGACUCCAGAUCACCUGCCUUUGGUGAACUGGAUACCUACGGUAUCGGGUUGAAGGGUACCAACGAGCAGAAUAUCAAACUCUGGGGGGAGCCCAAGUCUCUCAAAGACGUUUCUGAGACUUUCAUUCGCUACAUCGAAGGAAACCUCGACAGGCUUCCAUGGAGUGAGGCUCCUAUCACAGCCGAGGCCGACGUCAUCAAGUCGGACCUGAUCGAUCUGAACAGACGUGGUUUCUUGACGAUCAAUUCUCAGCCUGCAGUCAACGGCGCCAAGUCUUCCCACCCAAUCUAUGGCUGGGGCCCCAAGAAUGGCUAUGUCUACCAGAAGGCGUACCUCGAGCUCCUUGUCCCACCGGGAUUGAUUGACGAGGUGAUUGAGCGUAUAGAGAAGAAUGAGGACCUCACAUACUAUUGUAUUAGCAAGAGGGGCGAACUGAGGUCCAACACCAGUGAUAGCCCGAACGCAGUGACUUGGGGUAUCUUUGCCUCGAAGGAGGUCAUUCAACCGACCAUCGUUGAGACUAUCAGCUUCUUGGCUUGGAAGGACGAAGCUUAUCGCCUUGGAGAAGAUUGGGCCAAGUGCCACCAGCCAUCGAGUCCCAGCAGGAAACUCAUCCAGAGCAUCAUGGACAACUGGUACAUUGUCAACAUCGUGAACAAUGACUUCCACAAGACCCAUGAUAUCUUCGACAUCUUCAACGGACUGUCCGUCAAGGACAUUGAAACUGAAGUACCGCCGUCUGAUGACAUCCCGGCUGAUGCUCAGGCGGACGGGGCAAAGGCAGAAGAGCCUAAGGCGAGCAACUAAUUACAGCACUACAUUACAUUCAAAGCAGCGCCAUUCAACCGGCGCUCUGGUCGCCGACACGUUUUUCAACUAACGAACUCUUAAUAUCACGACCAAAAAUUCAACAUUAAUGACACUCGAGGUAACUCGGAAGGUUACGGCGUUACGAAACGAAGAUCUCAACGAUUUACUUCCUUUUUACGCUUUCAAAGCAUGGACUCUUUUUUCUUCAUUCUCUCGGCCUACAUUUCAACCAUGGCAUGUCCUCAACUUUUUAACAUGAGAAGACAAAAAAGAGAACCAGAUUCAACAUAAAUUUA